AUGCUUUCAAUAAGGAUGCUUAGCCGGGCAUUGCCCAAAAGCUUCCUGCGCCAACCCGCAACCCGCUCCGUGUCGUCCAUCACGAGAUUCGCAACUCGUCGGCCGCAAUGGCAAUCGGCGAUGAAACCAUCUUAUCCCGCAUUCUCAACCUCGAUUGCCCGAAGAGAAUCAGCUGGCCAGUCGGAUGAGGCCCUGGUCGCAAAACUUAACAAUGAACGAAUGCUCGAGCUCCAAUCACAGAGCGAUGACAGACUGGCCGCCAUCAAUGAAUUCCUCGAGAACAGCCCUUUCAAGGUCCAAGACAAACCUGGCUCACAUGAGAUUCUCCUAACGAGAGAUUUUGGCAACGAAAAGAUCAAGAUCCAAUUGAGCGUCUCUGACCUUUCCGAGUACCCAGCCGAAGAUGAAUUCGAUGCCCUGGAUGAAGAUGGCGCUCUCUCAGACGAACCGGACUUUGAGGUGCGAAAGAGAGGUAUCAAUCAACCUGGUGCCAAAGGCGGAAAAAUCGACGUCAUGCCUGAGGACAGCAUUGCGCCGGCCGACAGAGCUGAGGGAGGAGAAGAAGCCGACGACGUGGCCAAUGUCACGCCUGCAUACCCUGCUCAUAUGACCAUUACAAUAACCAAACCCGGCAACAAGGCCAUCGAGAUUCGAGCUGUUGCCCAAGAUGGUACCAUUGAGAUCGAAAACGUCUCCUUCUUCCCCAAAGACUCCCUCCUCGAGGCACAGAAUACCAAAGACGCGUCAGAAGCGCGCAGCCUUUACGCAGGUCCGCCCGUGGAGGAUCUGGAUCCCGAACUCCAGCAGAUGCUCCACCAGUAUCUGGAAGAGAGGGGGAUUGAUGAGGAACUGGCCAGCUUCCUGCCAGAGUACCUCGACUACAAGGAACAGAAAGAAUACGUCAAGUGGCUUGAAGGUUAG